AUGGAUUUUAUUAAAGUUUCUAAGGCAUCAGCCGAAAAUGCUAAAAGAGAAAGUGGACCCGCUCACUCCUCUGCAAUUGAUCCAUCUAGUUACUAUCCCAUGAACAUAACGUAUGAGGCACCAGAUAUGGGUAUCAGCGUCCCACCGUGCGAUGCACCCGACUUUCAUGGCUCCUAUGAAGAGUGGCCUUCAUUUAGAGAUAUGUUCAGUGCUGUAUACAUUAGCAAAGUAAGAAUGUCGGACGUUCAAAAGUUAUUGUAUUUAAGAAGAAAGGCAAAAGGUGAAGCAAGCUCUAUUGUAAAUAAAUAUCCACUAACGAACGAAGGUUUUUCAUUGGCAUGGAGUGCUUUACGAGCACGAAUUACUAAGAGAUUAAAUAUGAAGACUGAAAAUGCGAAUUUCGAAAUUUGCGGUUUGGGGGGUACUGUAGUAGCGAAUGCUGAUAAAGUAAGCACCAUUACUUUAUACGACAAACAGCAUGACUUUAAACUAAAUGCUAGUGUCAUAAUUGUUUCCAAUUUGACUAAUUUAAUGCCAAGCAGUACUAUAUCAAUUUCUGAUCUUUCCGAGAUCAAUGAUUUAAAACUAGCUGACCCAAACUUCUUGCUUUCUGCACAAAUUGACAUGCUAUUAGGAAGUGAUAUAAUACCUCACAUUGCCCUUGAUGGUUUAAAGAAAAAUAUUUUUGGUAAUCUGAUUGCUCAGAAUUCAAUUUAUGGCUGGUAUAUUUACGGUCCAUUGAAAUUGCACACUAUUUCACUAACAGCCAUAGAUCACAUUCCUAAGGAAAACGAGGCGGAAAAUAUUAGUGCGAUUUUAAAGAAAUUCUGGGAAUUAGAAGAAAUUCCACAUAUGAAACCACAUUCAGAAGCAGAUCACUUCUGUGAAAAAUUGUAUAACGAAACUACUUAUCGUCAACCAGAUGGUAGAUACGUGGUUAAACUUCCAUUUAAAAGCGAAUUUCCAAAGGCUGUGUUCUUACAGUCAUCACGAUAUAUUGCUAAGAAACAAUAUUUACAUAUUGAAUCAAAGCUAGAAAAGAAUAAGGGACUUAUGGAAGUUUAUAGUGAUAUAUUGAAUGAAUAUAUUUCUCUUGGUCACAUGAAAAAAUCAAGUUCUCAAGAAAUUUAUAAUGACGGAAAGUUCUUUUCCUAUUAUUUACCACAUCAUGCCGUUUUUAGACCCGAAAGUGCUUCAACAAAGGUUCGUGUCGUUUUCAACGGAUCACGAAAAACGAAAGGUUCAUUUUCUUUGAAUGACGUUCUCCAAGUCGGACCAACAUUACAAGCUGAUCUAAUGACGAUCAUUUUAAAUUGGCGUUUAUAUAAGUAUGUCUUCAAUGGGGACAUUGAAAAAAUGUAUCGCCAAAUAUUGGUUCAUGAAUCUGAUCGUCCGUAUCAAAGAAUAUUGUUUACAAGAACUAAUUCUAGUCCAAUUGAAGAUUUUGAAUUAACAACAGUAACUUUCGGUAUAGGAUGUGCUCCCUAUUUGGCUAUUAGCACACUUUUGCAAUUAGCGGGUCCAUUCUUUGUCAUCUGCUAUGGAAGCUCAAAAUCAGCUGGUUUCCCUUUAAAGAAAAUAACAGCAAAUCAUCCUGAUUUAUUAGCUCAGAUUUCAUCUGACAAUUUAUUAGACGCUGAAUUUUUGAAAUUAUACGAUUCAAGUUCAACAAAAACAUUGGGGAUUCGUUGGAAUGCUAUAAGCGAUUCCUUCUCUUAUAAAGUACAAGAAUUGCCCUUUAAUUCCUCAGCAACAAAAAGGCAGAUUCUUUCCACAAUUGCUAAACUUUUUGACCCCGCAGGAUGGCUUACGCCAAUUAUUAUUCAAGCCAAAAUUCUUUUACAAGAAUUGUGGCAAGAUGAGGUUGGCUGGGAUGACAAUGUUAAACCGCAAUUUCUUGCCAAGUGGAACAUUUUUACUGAUAGUUUGUCGACUAUAGAAUCCAUUACAAUUCCUAGGUGGAUUAACUACCACCCACAACACAAUAUCCAGAUCCACGGAUUCUGUGACGCCUCAGAGCAGGCUUAUUGCGCUACAUUAUAUGUAGUAUCAGAAAACUCCGGCGUUAGAUAUUCACAUCUAUUAGCUGCGAAAAGCAAAGUUGCCCCCUUGCAACGGAUAAGUUUACCUCGUCUUGAGCUAUGUGGAGCCCUACUACUUUCGAAGCUCGUAAGGCGAACACUUUUAAAUCUACCUUUCAAUAGUCCUACACUUUACUUAUGGUCUGAUUCAACAAUUGUGCUUGCCUGGCUACAAAAACCUCCAGCAGUUUGGAAAACGUAUGUAGCAAAUAGGACAACUCAAAUUAUUGAAAAUGUUGGUAAUGCCAUCUGGAAUCACGUUCCAACGGAUCACAAUCCAGCUGAUCUUGGCACACGCGGUUGUAAGCCACAAGAUCUUGUGGCCAACCCAUUGUGGUGGCACGGACCAAUAUGGCUCUUGGACUCCCGUGACCACUGGCCCGAAUCCAACGCCUUGCCGGAAGUUAUUCACGAAAGAAGAAAGAUUGAUGUUUAUUCUUUAAUACCGGCUGACCAUAAUUUAAUAGAUAGAUUCUCAUCUCUUCCUCGAGCUCUAGCAGUCCUAGCUUAUGUUCUCAGGUUCAUUAAUGCAACCAGAAACAAAGGUACAAAGGCUCAGUAUCCAAGUUGGACUCUCAGUCAUGCUGAACUUAAUGCAUCUAAAAUUAUGUUAAUAAAAUUAACUCAAAAGAUUUACUACACUAGUGAAUAUCAUCAACUCUUGGACUCAAAAUCUAUUUCAAGAAAAAGUUCUCUACUUACUUUAAAUCCAUUUCUGGAUUCUACCGGAGUUAUGCGAGUUAACGGUAGAUUAGCAAAUUCAUCUUUGACCUAUGAUGAAAGAUGGAUCCCCUUCAAUCAUCCGAAUUGUGCCUCGUGUGCUUCCGCUACCACCCGCUUCGUUUUUGCAAGCAAUUCAAGAGGAUGA